ACAGGCGAACGUGGCAUCAUCCGUUAUGUAGCUGGAUUAGGCAAGGAUGACAAGCAGCAUGAAAGAAUUGUCAUGGAAUGCUCCUCUGGCCUGAAAUUGAGACAAGCACACGCGGAAGACGAUACCAUAAAACAGAUUCAUAGUUUAAUGUGUAUCCACCACGGAAUCAUGACAAGAUACCCGAACGCAAGCUGCAAGACAUUGGCCAGAGUAAAAAUAUAUGGGAUACAGUCGAUCAAA